CAAGCAGAAGAGGGAGAACGAGGGUGAGCACACUGGGUAGCCGUGUGUGCGCUCCGCUCUGCGCCACAGGCUCCCCCAACGAAGCCACAAGCCAGCAGGGUCGCGGUCCUGAGGACAUUACUACCACCCAGGAGUGCAGAGAACCAACCACAGAAUCUGGAGGUCCGUAGCAGCCCGGAUCUAGGCAGGCUAGGGGCUAGGGGGUCGGGGGGUGGGGUGCCGAGGAAGAGCGAAACCGGAACGCAGAUCCCAGACUCUGGAGGAGAAAGAAGAGUGGAUCCCUGAGCCGGCAAGUCGUGAGCCCCAGAGCUACCAGGCAGGAUCCCCUGGAUAACGCGCUUAGCCGCUGGACGGCACGCCCCCCUUAGCUUCUGCACCCUCUCCUCUGGGCGCCUCCUCAUCUGCCCCUGGAGGGACUUUCACCUGCAAAGGUGCAGGACAAAGCAGCAUACCCGGCACCCACCAUGCACCUCAACAGCUCCGUGCCGCAGGGCACCCCUGGUGAACCCGAUGCCCAGCCCUUUUCGGGACCACAGUCCGAAAUGGAAGCGACGUUCCUGGCGCUCAGUUUGAGCAAUGGUUCUGGCAAUACCUCGGAAUCCGACACGGCAGGGCCCAACAGCGACCUGGACGUGAACACUGACAUUUAUUCCAAGGUGCUGGUGACUGCUAUAUACCUGGCACUCUUCGUGGUGGGCACUGUGGGCAACUCCGUGACAGCCUUCACUCUAGCGCGGAAGAAGUCACUGCAGAGCCUGCAGAGCACUGUGCAUUACCACCUGGGCAGCCUGGCACUGUCUGACCUGCUUAUCCUUCUGCUGGCCAUGCCCGUGGAGCUAUACAACUUCAUCUGGGUACACCAUCCCUGGGCCUUUGGGGACGCUGGCUGCCGUGGCUACUAUUUCCUGCGUGAUGCCUGCACCUAUGCCACAGCCCUCAAUGUAGCCAGCCUGAGUGUGGAGCGCUACUUGGCCAUCUGCCAUCCCUUCAAGGCCAAGACCCUCAUGUCCCGCAGCCGCACCAAGAAAUUCAUCAGUGCCAUAUGGCUAGCUUCGGCGCUGCUGGCUAUACCCAUGCUUUUCACCAUGGGCCUGCAGAACCGCAGUGGUGACGGCACGCACCCUGGCGGCCUGGUGUGCACACCCAUUGUGGACACAGCCACUGUCAAGGUCGUCAUCCAGGUUAACACCUUCAUGUCCUUCCUGUUUCCCAUGUUGGUCAUCUCCAUCCUAAACACCGUGAUUGCCAACAAACUGACAGUCAUGGUGCACCAGGCCGCCGAGCAGGGCCGAGUGUGCACCGUGGGCACACACAACGGUUUAGAGCACAGCACGUUCAACAUGACCAUCGAGCCGGGUCGUGUCCAGGCCCUGCGCCACGGAGUCCUCGUCUUACGUGCUGUGGUCAUUGCCUUUGUGGUCUGCUGGCUGCCCUACCACGUGCGACGCCUGAUGUUCUGCUAUAUCUCGGAUGAACAGUGGACUACGUUCCUCUUCGAUUUCUACCACUAUUUCUACAUGCUAACCAACGCUCUCUUCUACGUCAGCUCCGCCAUCAAUCCCAUCCUCUACAACCUGGUCUCCGCCAACUUCCGCCAGGUCUUUCUGUCCACGCUGGCCUGCCUUUGUCCUGGGUGGCGCCACCGCCGAAAGAAGAGGCCAACGUUCUCCAGGAAGCCCAACAGCAUGUCCAGCAACCAUGCCUUUUCCACCAGCGCCACCCGGGAGACCCUGUACUAGGAGGCCCUGAAGAGGUUGAGAGGAGGCCUCAGCCUACGCACAGGGCCCACCCCCCACCCCCACCCCAGGCUUCCAAGGGUUAAGUAGUGGUCCAUCCAAGCCGUGCAGGUGAGGCUGGGGCACCCUCAGUGGUAGCUUCUUUCUUCCCAGUUUCUCCUUCUUUCCUUCUUCCAGUCCCUGCUCCUCAGUCCUUUAUUCUUGCUCCUUGCCUUCUCUUACCUCCACCUUAAAAACCAGAACAGAGGCAGUUUCUCUCCAGGCCCUGCAAAAGGCCUUUAACAAGAAGAAAUUAGCACUCAGCAGGGACAGUCUCCUUUGUUCCCAGACUAAUGGAUGUUUUAGAAGGAAGAAAUGAAAGCACCGUGUUGGGCCGGGGCUCUGGACGGAUGUACUGUUGUAAUCAUAACAGCACCUUGUAACUGCACUGGCUAGGAGAGACAGUGACUGAAGUUGGACUUGGCCUCAGAGGCACAGGCUUCCUCUCAGCUCCCUUAUGCAGCUGUCCCUGCCCUGGUCCAGCAGACACCAUGACUCUCUCUGAGCCUCAUGUCCAGACCCUUCCUUAGCAGGCUGGCACACUGCCUCUCCCAGGGUGGUCCAGAGAAGCCCCCAAAAUUCUCUUUAAGGCCCAGGGGCCACAGCUGAAAGCUGAGGGAAUCUAUGCCACGCCCGGACAGCUAUGGCCCACUCAAUAGACCCCCAAACCCCACAUGCUCAGGAAGGACAAAAGGGCUGGCCCGGAACCACCCAGGACAAACUUCAAGUGGCUUUGCCGGGAUACCUGCACUGGGUCCUUGACCUCUUGGAUCUGCAGAAGGAUGGCCUUCCCCUGUCCAGGUGGCUUUGCUGGGGACACGCAUAGUUCUGUGUCUCGUAUACAGCUAUAUAGACUAAGGUCUGGCAGCUGCUGGCUUCGGGCUGGGAUUCCUGAGAAGAGGUACUGAGCCAGGUCCUCAGCAAGAUGCCAGCGUCUGAGACUAUAGGUGAGGGGAGGCCAAGCACCCCAGCAUCCAGCUGGCCAGCAGCCCCGGGCAGAGGCAUUCGUCAGUUUGUUACCAGCCGCCAAUCAGCUGCCCUGGCCCAGGUUGUAGGCGCCUGGAAAAGCAGGCACCCUUCAUCUCUGGGAGCUGUCUCCAAACAAGACAGAACCAUCCAGCCUCCAGCCAAAAAAGGCUGGCUGAGCUCUUGGAGACAGUCCCAGGAUGCCAUGGACCAGCAGAGUAGAAGUAGCAGCAGGGUCAAGUUCAGCCUUUUGCAAAAGAGCCUUUGCCCUGUUGUCUGGAAGAGAAGUGAUUGGAUGGACGCUGCUCUGUGAGAAACGUAUUGCCGUGGGACAUGGGAGGUUCAGUCAUGGCCCAGGGCUAACCUCUGCCCUCUUGAACUACAAAACAAUGGGUUGAAAGUCAGGGUAUCUGUGGUUACCCAGAGAUAUGAGGAGGGCGUUGAACCCCACAAAAACGCCGCUGGUAGUAACGUGACCCCUCAAGUCAUCAAGGGCAGGACCUGGGUGAAUCAGGGUCAAGGCCAACACCAGGAAGAUGUGAUCACCCCAGAGGGAGGUUUCUCCUUCCAAGAACUGUCCGCAUGGGAACCCCUCCCAACCCUGUGGAGCCACCUUGCCCAGUGAGUGGGUUACAGGCCAGUGAUGAGGAUUUCGACGUAGACUCAAGCUGAGCAGCCCAGCCCCAGGAUACUACCCUGGGUUUCUAGACCUUGGGCAAGCCAUUCUUCUGAGCCUCUGUUUCCUCAUCUCAACUGACUGGGGCUGUCUUGAAGGACUCGGCCUGGAGUAAGCAGAAGGGAGACACCUGGGGCUGGGUAGAGCCAAUUCCCUAUUACAGGAUUCCUCGGAAAUGCUGUGGCCUCAUUCUAGGGGUGGUCCAGGCUGUCACCAGAAGUCUCUGCUGUAGUCCGUAGCAUCUUGUCUGUAUGCUUGAUGUAGUUAGGGACGUAUAUCCAUGCACCGCCAGAUGCACCUGUGACCCUGGCUGGGUAUCCUGUGCUCUGGGCCAACAGAAGAUGUAAAUAGCUCUGGAGGCUGUCCUGAGUGUCCUGGCUAGAGCCCAGUCAUAAUGUAGAAACAGGUCACGUGUCCCAAACCUCUGUCAGAAUGCCACCCACCCACCCACCACACUUCAAUAGAAGAACACCCUCCUCAUAUCUCAAUAAAAAUAAAGGAAGCUGUGU